UCUCCCACUUGUCAGGAGUUUUGCCUUUCGAAAACCAUUCACCUUUAUCUUAAUAAUUUUGUAUCGCAAAAAAGUUUCCUAAAACAAUUCUUCUCUUGUGUUGCCAUAUUUUUUUGCACGAGAUUAAUCAAACUAUAUAUGCAAUUGCAUAUAGUCACAUUUUAUGUAUCUUGGAAUCUCCAUGUAUCUUGGAAUCUCCGAAAACAUCGCCGCGUGUCUUGCAUCCUUCAAAAAAGUAAUGUAUUUUUGGAGGAUUUGAUACGGGUGCAGCAACAUUCGUAGAGUUCCGGCAACUUAAGUCAUAUUUGAUGUUUUUUGAGAAAUAAAAUGGAGAGAAACCCUACUUUUGUUCUUCUAAUUGGAUCUUCUACAAGGAUAUUUCUUUGGAUGGUAGUAAUUGUUAUUACAUCGAAAACGGAGGAUGGGGAGAGGAAAGAUUGAGAUAAAGAGGAUAGAAAACAACACAAACAGGCAAGUGACAUUCUGCAAAAGGAGAAAUGGACUGCUGAAGAAAGCUUACGAACUCUCAGUUCUCUGUGAUGCUGAGAUUGCUCUCAUUGUUUUCUCCACCCGUGGCCGCGUCUAUGAAUACUCUAAUACCAACAUAAAGGCAACAAUAGAACGGUACAAGAAGGCAACCGCAGAAACCUCUAGUGCCUACACUACUCAAGAGCUCAAUGCACAGUUUUACCAACAAGAAUCAAAGAAGCUGCGCCAACAGAUACAAUUGAUGCAAAACACAAACAGACAUUUGGUAGGUGAAGGAGUGAGCUCUUUGAAUGUGAGGGAACUGAAGCAGUUGGAGAACAGACUUGAACGAGGCCUUACAAGAAUUAGGUCAAAAAAGCAUGAAAGGAUACUAGCUGAGACUGAGAAUUUGCAGAAGAGGGAAAUUCAACUGGAACAAGAGAAUGCAUUUCUUAGAUCAAAGAUAGCAGAAAAUGAGAGGUUGCAGGAACUAAGCAUGAUGCCAGCAGCAGGGCAAGAGCAAGAUUACAAUGCUUUUCAGCAAUAUUAUGCAAGAAAUAUGCUUCAACUCAAUAUGAUGGAAGGAAUGCAGCCUUCUAAUUAUGAUUCAUUAUUGUCUUCUGACAAGAAGUCUCCUCACCUUGACUGAACUCAGUUAAUCCAUUUGGCUGUGGAGAAAGAAAUUUGGUCUUUUAGAACAUAUAAAUAAUCUUUGAUCUUUGUGCUUUUGCUUUAAUUUAGUACCUUGUUUUUGGUGUUUUUGAAUUCUUUGCUAUUAUUACGUGUAACUGAUGGACGUGUCAGCUUUUUUUUUCAAUAGACCUUGCACCUUCUUAAAAUAUUUUGAGAUUAGAUGGAAUGAACUUUUUAAUGAUGUUAAACUAA